GAUGCAACACUUAUUGAAAAGUAUUCUAUCUUUAUUUUCUGUUGUCCUAAGUGUAGUUAUAACUGUGAUUGUUUUAAGAACAUUGACAUUUUCGGUGCGGACAGACGACGUGACACCUUGUGCCAAAAGUGAUGAGGACUUUGUGCAGGCAACGCCUGCGGUAGUAGAAAGAUUUCGGCGAUCGUUGAGGAUGCGGACUGUAGCCACAAGUCCACACGUAUACGACGAAGAAGAACUCCAGAAGUUAACGUCGUUUAUUAAAUCGGCCUAUCCAAAUAUUCACUCCUCAUCGUUUGUUACUUGUGAAGAUGUAGCAAACCACAGUUUGUUAUAUACUGUCAGGGGAGAGAACUCCAGCCUCACCCCAUACAUGAUAACAGGACAUCUUGAUGUUGUACCAGCUGACCCUAGCUUGUGGGACCAUCCUCCAUUUGGGGCAGAGAUCCAUGAUGGUUUUAUCUAUGCUAGGGGAACAAUCGAUGACAAACACAUUGUUAUGGGAGUUUUGGAGGCGUUGGAGCACCUGUUAUCUAGAGGGUUCAAACCACAGCGGUCAUUCUACAUUGGCUUUGGGCAUGAUGAGGAGGUAACAGGUUUAGAUGGUGCUCGAUCUAUCAGUAACCUGCUGUGGUCACGAGGUAUUCGCAAGCUGGAGUUUCUAGUGGAUGAAGGACUGACCAUUGUAAACAAUGUUAUACCAGGGAUAGAUAGACCUGUGGCACUGAUAGGUACGGCAGAGAAAGGCUAUCUGACCCUGAAGUUAAACGUCAAAUGGGACACAGGUCAUUCCUCCAUGCCCACUAAGGAAACAAGCAUUGGAAUAAUGGCUAAUGCUAUUUCAAAACUGACAACAGACUGCCAUCCCAGCAUGUUUGGACAAGGACCUGAGAUAGACACUUUCCAGCAUCUUGCUUCACAUAUGAAGUGGCCAUUUCGGGUAGUGAUGUCAAAUUUGUGGCUGUUUAAACCCAUCAUAUCAUGGUUUUUGUCAAAGAAGCCUUCCACUAAUGCCAUUGUCCGCACGGUUACGUCAGUCACCAUGAUAAAUGGAGGUGUGAAGGUAAAUGUAUUACCUCCUGAGGUGACGGCUUAUGUUAAUCACCGACUCCAUCCUGCUCAGUCAAUACAGCAGGUGAUAGAUUUUGACCGGCAGUUAAUUGGAGAUGACCGUGUCAAGAUCACUGUUGAGUCAUCGAUGGAGCCCCUCCCUAUGUCGCCCUACGGGGACUAUGACUUUGGCUUCCAGAUGGUAAAGUCCAGCAUCAGACAAGUCUGGACAGAGGCCGCUGUGGCUCCAGGAGUUAUGAUUGGCAACACGGACACCAUUCACUACACUCCAUUCACCCACAACAUCUACAGGUUUAGUCCCACGUUCAUGUUUCCUGACGAUAUCCCACGAUUCCACGGGAAUAAUGAACGCCUUUCUGUAAAUAAUUACGAACAAGCUAUUAACUUCUACAAACACUUAAUACAGAAUGCUGAUGUUGGAUCAUUGCAGACUCAUCACAAACAUGGAGAGGAACUGUGAACAGAAGGUUUAUUUUCAUAAAUAUUUUUUUCAUUUGUGAACAGAUCGGAUUGCUAGUGACGUUUUUUCACUUUUCUCAUUUCAGGGCAUUUUAAAAUAUUUUACGAAGCUUGGCCUUUUAUUUUAUUAUGCCAUAUUAUGUCAUAUAACAACAUGUUACUAAAAGUAAGAUAAAGAGAUAAAGUAACAAUAUAACACCUGUAAACUUUGAUAUAAUUUAUCAGCUGUGAUAAUUUUUGUUUACAGAUGUUUUAGUCACAAUAUGUUUUCUUUGUGUGAACAAAAAGCAAACUAUUGAUCAUUUUACUGAUAAGUUUAAAAGUAACUCCUCAUUUCAAUGAAUGCCUGUGUCAUGAAAGUGUAUUCAUGUAUUGCUUGUAUUUCUAACUAUUGAUUUGUAUGGUUACAGUAUACAUGACAAUGUUCAUUGUCUGGUAGGUGUUGUGUCUGUAAUUAAAGAGAAGGUUGUGAAUUGUGCUUUCCAAUUUUGUUUUUAAUAGUUAAUUUAUCUGUAUUAAAGAACAAUUAUGAACAGUAAAUUGAAAUAUGUUUGAACAGUCCCACAUCAUUUUAAAGUUGUAUUUUGCCUCUAAUGAGUUCUGAAAUAGCUGUGUUGUAUGUAAAUGUAUGAGGUUUGAAAACAAAUCAGGAUUAUGUUGAGUGGAAGGACAAAUGAUAUAAGAGAAUGUAGUGUUCCAUUCAUGCGGACGUUUGUAGUACAUUCACUUUUGUCAUGAUACCUAAUUCUUAUGUCCCUAUAAGGAAACUGGGCCAUUUUGAUUUACCAGUUUAAUCAGUUUGAGUAGGGUCAAUAUUGGUUCAUGACAUAAGGAUGGACCUACUGAUCUUAUUUUAACUGUCACUGUCAGACUAGCCUUGACUGAAUCUUCAAGGCUGUAACAUUAUUGGAAGGUCUGUCUCUAUCUAUACUAGUGUAGCACUGAUUUAAACGUUUACUUGAUCCAGCUGAUGUAUUGCACGUGAUAUGGUACGUGAAUAGCAGCUUUAUUAAAAUGCCAAAGCUUCUACAUAAACAUUAGAUAUGACAUUGUUAGACAUUCCAGUAUGUUUACUUUAAGAUAAUUAAUUUGUGUUGAUGAUUUAUUUUUGUUGAUUACAUGGGUAAUAUGUAUCCAUGAAUUCACGAUUACUUCCACAAACUAUUGAAAUUAUAAGCAAUAGAAUAGUAUUUUGGGAAACCACGAAAAUUGAGCCCUAUGAAAAUAUAUGUUUUACUGUAUAUGAAGUGAUCUCUUGCGAAGUUAUUACCUUGUUGCCAACUAUUAUAAUGAUGUUUUAUACAUUUUCGUUUUGUAUUGUCUGUAAUAAGUUUUAAUUAAGAUGUAAUACAUGUGUGUGUAAUUAUCCAUAUUUAGUAUCAUUAGCUAGUCGGUAACCAGUAGUGAGCCAAGAGAUGGGAAGUACAUGUAGUUCUAUGUGAGGGUGUUGAUGUCACUUCAUCAUCAAUAUACUCCCAAAUCAGAGUGACAAAUUGGCAACUAGCUCAGAGCAAGGAUGUUUGCAUUGCUCCAUCGUCGAUAUAUUUUCCUAAGUCACAGAGGGAAAAUGGGAGGUAACUCUGUAAAGGUGUUAGUAUCAAUCUUCGAUAUACUCACUAUGCCAGAGAGAAGCAGUCAGCAGUAACUUCUGGUAUGGAUGUUUGUAUUACUCCCAUCUUUGAAAUACUCCAGCGCAUAUGUAGAACCUUUUUUGUCAUUAUUUUUUAGGAAUCAACAGGUAAUUUGACCCAUCUAUACUGAAAUAUGCAGAUAUAAAUGUUACCAAUUAUUUGUAUUCAUUUCUGGAAAAUAUCAGGAUUUUUUUUAUGAUUAAAUUGUGAUAUGUACAUGCAUACUCAUUCCUACGUGUGAUUGUACUGAGGGAAGUAUACAGAUUAUCAUGAGUCUGAAUGUCAAUUUCCAUGUUAUUAGAGGUCCUGGUAACACUCCACAGGUUCUUCUGUUGUAAUUUGAUUGAACAUGACUUGAGCCAAUCAUUGUGGUUAAUUGUACAUUACCUUAAAUUGUGUGAUUGUCCUUUGUAUAAUGAUUGUCAUAAUGACAGUUUGUCAUUACAAAGGUUAGUUAAUCAAACAAACUGUUUAACCCUUAUCAUACAGUAUGUUUCAAGGUUUGUAAAAGAAAAGGUUGUUUUAAAUAUUUUCUAUAUGUAUUUGUGUAUAAUAUGUAAAAAGGUAUAAA